AUGAGCUCCUUGGUGCAGUUCGAGCCGUUCGUUAACUCAACAAUUCGAGAGUUCAUAAAGCAAUUGCACGAACGCUACGUUGAUGACGAGAAUGCUGACAAGAUACUCGAUUUUGGUAAAUGGUUGCAGCUUUUCGCGUUCGAUGUCAUUUGCGAGCUUACAUUCUCGAAACGCAUGGGCUUCGUCGAACGUGGAGAGGAUGUUGGAAAUAUCAUCUCCAACCUUCAGUGGAUGCUCAACUAUUCUGCUACACUAAUGAGCUCGCUAACUUCCAUCAAGGCCGGUCAAGUACCAUGGCUAGACAAACUCUUCCUCAAGAACCCAAUUCGGCGAUGGAUGAGCGCCCAUGGCCUCCUCGGUGGGUCUCCAGCCGUCCAAUUCGCACUCAAAUGCAUGUCCGAGACCAAGACUACGACAAAUACCGGAAAGAUAAUGGAAACCACUCGUCGAGACUUCCUCUCUCGCUUCCAAGAAGCCCACGACAAAGACCCGCGCUUCAUCACUCGCGAACGCGUCGUUGCACUCACAACCGCCAACAUGAUAGCUGGCUCCGACACGACCGGUAUAUCCCUACGCGCCAUCUUCUACAACCUGAUCCGGAAUCCAGACAAGCUCGCAAAGCUACAUGCCGAGCUCGAUCACGUCGUCAGCAAACGCGGCGUAAACCAAGGAGAUGGACUCUUUGCUUGGGACGAGGUCCGCGAGUUACCCUACCUCAGCGCCGUGAUCAACGAGUCACUGCGGACACAUCCCGCAGCCGGACUAGCUCUGGAGAGAAUCACACCCGUUGGUGGGCUGCAACAUGACGGUGUUGUGAUUCCAGGCGGUACUAAUAUCGGCUGCAAUGCAUGGGUCUUGCAUCUCGACGAGCAGAUCUGGGGCCCAAAGCCCAAAGAAUGGAUACCAGAGCGCUGGAUCGAUGCUAGCAGUGUUCACAAGUCGGAGAUGAAGAAUAGUCUCUUUAGCUUUGGCGCUGGGGCGCGGACGUGUCUUGGGAAGAAUAUCAGCUACCUGGAAGAUGUAUAAGCUGGUACCAGCCGUUGUUGCGCGAGUUUGAUAUUGAGUUGGCCCUAUCCGGAGAAGGAGUGGUCACUACACAAUGCUUGGUUUGUGAAGCAGUCGGACUUCUACGUGAAGCUACGCCUACGACAACCAACGAUGUCGGGAUAGUUUCAGUGACUGACCAGUUUUGAUCUUUUUAUCCUUUUACUUUGCUACACCCAGAUCAAGUCUUCUUUCGCAGUUUUCUUCCAACACCACCAGUGUUGUGAGAAUAACCUCAACAGUUCAGCUAUGGCAGAAGCGAAUAUAUAUACAUGAGCAUGAACAAGGAGAAACAUUAAACAUCAUACAAA